AUGACUUCCUUCGCACCUAUUGACCCUCCGGCGCCGAAUGGACCAAGCACAAAGAAAAGAGUCGCAUACUUCUAUGAUUCUGAUGUCGGGAACUAUGCAUACGUUGCUGGACAUCCUAUGAAGCCUCACCGCAUUCGAUUGGCGCACAGCUUGAUCAUGAACUAUGGAGUUUAUCAAAAGAUGGAAAUCUAUCGCGCAAAACCUGCUACCCGUCAUGAGAUGACCCAGUUCCACACCGACGAAUAUAUCGACUUCCUCCAGAAAGUGACCCCAGACAAUAUGGACACCUUCGCCAAAGAACAGGGCAAAUACAACGUUGGAGAUGAUUGUCCGGUGUUUGAUGGACUAUUUGAGUUCUGUGGUAUAAGUGCAGGUGGAAGUAUGGAGGGUGCUGCUCGUCUGAAUCGAGGUAAAUGCGACAUUGCAAUAAACUGGGCAGGCGGUCUUCAUCACGCCAAAAAGAGCGAGGCUUCCGGGUUCUGCUAUGUAAAUGAUAUCGUACUUGGUAUUAUCGAGCUUCUUCGAUUCAAGAAGCGAGUCCUUUACAUCGACAUUGAUGUCCACCACGGAGAUGGUGUUGAGGAAGCGUUCUAUACCACCGACCGUGUUAUGACUGUCUCCUUCCACAAAUACGGGGAGUACUUCCCCGGUACUGGCGAGCUUCGCGAUAUCGGUGUAGGUUCCGGAAAAAACUAUGCCGUAAACUUCCCUUUGCGAGACGGUAUCAACGACGAAACGUACAAGUCUAUCUUCGAGCCAGUCAUCCAAAGUGUGAUGGAUUAUUACGACCCAGAAGCCAUCGUGUUACAGUGCGGUGGAGACAGUUUAUCUGGUGAUCGUCUUGGUUGCUUUAACCUUAGUAUGCGAGGCCACGCUAAUUGUGUGCAAUUUGUCAAGAGCUUUAACAAGCCAACGUUAGUUUUAGGUGGAGGGGGUUACACUAUGCGCAACGUCGCUCGUACAUGGGCAUUUGAGACUGGUGUGCUUGUUGGCCAAGAUAUGGGUCCAAUGCUCCCAUUUAACGAGUAUUACGAGUACUAUGGACCCGAUUAUGAACUCGAUGUUCGUUCGUCAAAUAUGGAGAACGCCAAUUCAAAAGACUACCUGGAAAAAAUUAAGAUUCAAGUCAUUGAGAAUCUUAAAAAAACCGCUCAUGCCCCAUCAGUUCAGAUGACAGACAUCCCCCGGACGACACUCACUGGAGGUACAGAAGAUGACGACCAUGAACUAGAUGAUAUGGAUGAAGACGACAACAAGGACACCCGCCACACUAAGCGCAGAUGGGAUCAACGUAUCACUCGAGACGAUGAACUGGAAGAGAGUGAAGAUGAAGAGGAGGCGCAUGCGAAUGGUGUUCGGCCUCAAGAAGGCCAAAUCAAACGGCGGAACAUCAUGGACUACCAGAACGCUAAUGCGGCGGCCUCUGAUGUCGAUAUGGACAGUGGAAUAGCUAGUCCAGUCGCCGCAAACGACGUCGAUGAUCUCGUUACGGCUCAAGCGACAGAAGCCAAUGCGGAAGUGAUUGCUGAUAUUAUGGAUGAGAAAGGAAUUGAGCCAGGCUCUACUGAAACUGGAGAGGCAGGCCCAUCAAAUUCCGCGUCGCGAGCUCCUUCUCCCAAAGCCGUCGUUGUCGAUCAGGAUGGUGAUACCGAAAUGGGAGGUGACGCAACAGAGAUAGAGACCGUUGCUGAAGCUGUACCGGAAGCAGUUAUUCCAUCGCCUUCGCCAAAGAAAUCGGCUACCCCAGAGGCCAUCGAAGUGGCACUAAAGCCUGUGGAAGUUGCGGAAGUAAAGCAAGAGAGUGAGGCUGAGCGAUCUGAAAAGGACGUGGAAGGGGAGACUGCUGCCGAGACUGCUAAAGCUGCUGAAUUAUAG